AGCGAAGCCCUCCCUCUCCGUGUCUUCGCCGCCCGAACUACCCCUCCUGCCUCUCCUGCUCUCGCCGCCGCCGCCGCCGCGAUCUGCCUCCUCCUCUGUCCGCCUCGAUCCACCUCGAUGACCUUAUGAGAUGUGCGGCGGCGGCACGCUCCCUCCUUCCGCUCCCCCUCCCCCUCCUCUCCGGCCCUGCCCCCAUCCACACCUCCACCCCUCCCCUCGCCGCGGAGCUCGACGCCGGCGACGCCCUCCACGCGCUCCUCUCCACGCUCCCGCCGUUGCUCCCCGCCCUCCUCCCAUGCCUCUCCCUCCUCUCGCGCCGCCUCACCCCGCACUCCGUCGCCGACGCCCUCCUCUGCGCCGCGCUCCCGCCCGCAUCCCGCCUCCGCCUCUUCCUCUUCUCCGCGCUCUCCCCGCGCCUCCGCUCCCCGCUCCUCCACUCCCGCGCCGUCGUCCCCAUCCUCCUCGCCACCGACGCCGACGCUGCCAUGUACGACGCCAUCGCCGACGCCCAGGCCGCUGGCCUCCGGCCCCCCGCCGCCGCAUUCGAGGCGCUCGUCUUCGCCCACGCCUCCGCCGGCCGGCACCACGAGGCGAUCAACGCCUUCUCCCGGAUGGAGGGCGAGUUCGGGUGCCGCCCCACUGCCUUCGUCUACAACGCCGUCCUCAGGGUCCUCGUUGACAGCGGUGUUGUUCCCCUUGCCCUGGCGCUCUAUAACAGGAUGGUCAGCACCGGCUGCCCGCCCAAUAGGGCCACGUACAAUGUGCUCAUGGAUGGCCUCUGCAAGCGGGGAACUGCGACGGACGCGCUCAAGCUGUUCGAUGAAAUGCUCCAGAGGGGGAUCGUGCCUGAUGUCAAGACGCACACUGUCUUACUGUCGUCCAUGUGCAAUGCCGGGCAGCUCAAGGAAGCUGAGGACCUGCUGCACUUCAUGAAAGACCAAGGGUGUCCGCCCGAUGAGGUCACCUAUAAUGCAUUCCUUAGCGGGCUAUGCAAGGCUGGUAGGGUUGAUGAGGCCAUUCAGCGGCUUGAGGUACUCCGUGGUACUGGGGGCUUUGUGCUUGGCUUGAAGGGGUACAGCUGCUUGAUUGACGGCUUGUUCCAGGCUGGACGGCACGACGAGGGAUUCCAGUGGUACAAGGAGAUGUUGGAACAGACUGAUGUCUCACCGGACGUUGUCCUGUACACUGUAAUGAUUCGUGGUUGUGCAGAGGCUGGAAGAAUCAAGGAUGCCUUCGUGUUUCUUGAUGAGAUGAAAGAGAAAGGUUUUACUCCUGACACCUUCUGCUAUAACACGCUGCUGAAGGCCCUCUGUGAUGCUGGUGAUCUUGAUGGAGCUCGCUCAUUGAGGUCAGAGAUGGUGCAGAAUAAUGUGGUCAUGGACACCACUACACACACUAUCAUGAUAUGUGGGCUGUGCAAGAAAAGACUUGUAGAUGAGGCAUUGCAGGUUUUUGAUGAGAUGGGGAAAGUUGGUUGCCAUCCAACUGUUAUGACAUACAAUGUGCUUAUCAAUGGGCUCUACAGGGCACACAGGCUUGAGGAAGCUCGAAUGCUUUUUUAUAAGAUGGAGAUGGGAAAUAACCCUUCCUUAUUCCUUCGACUGACACUUGGUGCAAACCAGGUGAGGGACAGCGAGAGCCUGCAGAAGCUGGUUGACAGUAUGUGUCAGUCUGGGCAGGUGCUGAAAGCUUACAAGCUUCUUCGAGGUAUAAUAGACAGUGGUGUAGUUCCUGAUGUUGUCACAUAUAACACAAUGGUAAAUGGACUGUGUAAAGUGAAGAAUCUUGAUGGAGCACUUAGGCUCUUCAAAGAGCUCCAACUCAAGGGGUUCACUCCUGAUGAGUUCACUUAUGGGACUCUUAUUGAUAGACUGUUGAGGGCACACAGAGAUAAUGAUGCAAUGAUGUUGUUCCAGGACAUGUUACAGAGUGGUGGCACCCCUAGUUUGCCAAUCUACAAUAGCAUGAUGAAAUCACUAUGCAGGAAGCAGAAAUUAUCACAAGCAAUCAACCUAUGGUUUGAUCACCUGCCCAAAAAGUACAAUCUCUCAGCCAAAGAUGAAGUUAUUGCUAGUGCCCGGAAAAAGUUUGAAGAUGGUUCCCUGGACGAAGCAGUUAGGGAGCUAAUCAAGAUAGACCAAGAGCAUGGUUCAGUAACCUCAAGUCCUUACACCAUUUGGCUCAUAGGCCUCUGUCAAGCAAGGAGAAUAGAUGAUGCCCUCAAGAUUUUUCGUAUACUUGAGGGGUUAGGCAUUGAUGUCACACCAGCUUGCUGUUCCCUUCUUACCAAAUACCUAUGUUGGGAAAGAAAUCUAAAUGCAGCAGUUGAUGUUAUGCUCUAUACAUUGAGUAAACGCUUCAUUAUGUCACAACCUGUUGGCAACCGGUUACUUAGGAAUCUUUGUAUCUGUCAUAGAAGAAAGGACGCGCAGGCACUUGCAUGGCGAAUGCAUCUUGUAGGAUAUGAUAUGGAUGCAUAUCUUCGUGAGCCUACUAAAGGUUUGUUAUACAGUCAAUAGAAAUAUCUGUAGUGUUUGUAGGGCUACAGAGCCCUCAAGAGGGAUGCUGAUGUUUUGGAGUUUUUAUCUGUACCAAUUUGUUUUAGGUAACCCCAAAGUUGGGAUUCACUGAUUUCUUAGCUCUUGCAAUGGAUUUUGUAACCCACCAAUUCAGUUGUAACUUCAAUAAUGAGGCAAGAAUUUGAUAUCCUGCAACAUAUCA